AUGAGGAGUACCUUCUCGUUCAUCCCGUUCGUCGUUGUCGCCGCUUCCCUCCCGCUAGCCUCUCACGCCGUGAAUUUCAGAACCCCAAGUUGGCUGGCUAAACUUCGUGGCGUUGACCAAGGAGAGCUAAAGAAUCCGGUAUCAAACUCCGUUCUCGAUGCAAUCCCGCCUCUGAAACCGUAUCUUCUUGACCGGAAAGAACCGGUCGACACAGCCUUUUCAAAGAUGGCUCUUUACCACUUCCCACAGCGAGUAAAGAUUGACGAGACCUUGAGGAUGCAAGCUGCGAUCUAUCAACGUGUCGAAGAUCUCACAGAAGACGUCAUGCAGAGCCGGAAACGGCUGGACGAUAUGAACUGUUUCCCCUUCGGGGCCACCGCAUGUAAAUCACAAAUGGAUCGUGCACGGGAUCGCUAUCAAUCGCACGAGAAGAUGCUAGCGCAAAGCAAGCUCGAACUUCGCAAGGUUGAUGAGAAACUAACCCGUGAUGAAGGAGCAAUAGUCACAUAUGCUGGUGGCAAAGAUUUCAAGAGGUGGUAUGCGCACGCUGUAGAGGUAGGCUCGCCAAUCAAAAUGUAUCAAACUCUUCUGCCGCACAUGAACGUCUUUGGAACUGCCGCAAUCAUCGAGGUGUUGCUGUCGUACAGGGCCACUAAAGAAAUAGGUGAGAAAUUGCAGUUAGGGCAGUUUACUCACUGGCUUAGUGACAAAAGAAUAAGUUCAGAAGAUCAGUUGACCAGGCAUCUGAACUCUGGUUGGUCCGGUUUUUCGAUUUCGGACGUUGACAUCAAGCGUCAAGUGCCGAGUCCGUCUACCAAUACGAUCUCAUCGUUGCGAGGGACGACUGGAGUCGACAUACCAGGGUGGAUGUUGAAAAAUAUCCUGAAGAAGUACAACAAAUAUUGCAAUCAGGCAAAGACCAAGAAGUAG